AUGGCUCUUCGAAUAUCUGCGAAAAGGGUGGCUGCAGCCAUCAAGGCAGGAAAUGUCUGCUCAUCCGCCAAUUGCAUUCUGAAGAGGAAUGCUUCGCAAGCAACCGCAGCGGCUUCAAACUUGUCAGAAAGCGUCAGGAACGAUAUUUAUCGAGAAGCUUCCCUUCCAAAUGCCGAUCCUCCUGAAGACUCGGCCACCGCUGCUCUGGUCAAUGAGCAAGCUCCAUAUAUGGUCAAGACGUACGCCCGACCACCACCGAUGUUCGUCAAGGGAAAGGGAUGUUACUUGUGGGAUGUAGAGAACAGGAAAUAUCUGGACUUUACUGCCGGUAUAGCUGUUAAUGCGUUGGGACACUGCGAUCCGGAAAUGAAUCGCAUUCUCGCCCAACAAUCCAAACUCCUCGUCCACACUUCCAAUCUAUACCACAAUCCCUGGACCGGCGCACUCUCCGAACUCCUCAUACAAAAGACCGUCGAAUCAGGGAGCAUGCACGAUGCUCGCUCCGUUUUCAUAUGUAAUUCUGGCACAGAAGCGAAUGAAGCCGCAAUUAAGUUUGCUCGAAAGGUGGGGAAGGUCCUCGAUCCAUCAGGUGCCAAACACGAAGUUAUUUCCUUCAACAAUUCCUUCCACGGUCGAACAAUGGGCGCGCUAUCAGCUACGCCAAAUCCAAAAUACCAAAAGCCAUUCGCACCAAUGUUACCUGGGUUUAGAUACGGGACAUACAACGAUGUAGCAGCAAUCAAAGACCUCGUCACCGAAAACACAUGCGGUGUGAUAGUCGAGCCAAUCCAAGGAGAAGGUGGUGUAAUCGCCGCAACAGAAGAAUUCCUCGUAGCGCUAGCCGCUCGCUGUAAAGAAGUCGGCGCAGUCCUAAUAUACGACGAAAUCCAAUGCGGACUGGGCCGAACCGGCAAACUCUGGGCCCAUGCCUCCCUCCCUCAAUCAGCCCACCCAGAUAUCCUCACCACCGCCAAAGCCCUCGGCAACGGCUUCCCUAUCGGCGCUACAAUCGUCAAUGGCUCCGUCGCAGAAAGAAUAGUAGUAGGCGACCACGGCACCACAUUCGGCGGUAACCCCCUCGGCUGUCGAUUAGCACACUACAUGGUCUCGCGUCUCUCCGACCCAAAACUGCAAGCUGCAGUCCUCGAAAAAUCUCAAGUCUUCCAAUCACAUUUCCGCAAGCUCCAGAACAAAUACCCUGAACUCAUUACUGAGAUCCGUGGGAAGGGCCUUCUGCUCGGUCUCCAACUUAAUCAAGAUCCUACGCCAAUCGUCACUGCUGCCAGGGAACGAGGACUCCUAAUCAUCACGGCUGGCACGAAUACAUUGCGAUUUGUGCCCAGCUUGACGAUUAGCGAGGAGGAGAUUGCAGAGGGGAUGAAGAUCUUGGAUGAAGCGAUGAGGAUCCUGGUUAGUCCUGGGGAGGAACCCGCGGGGAAGCUCGUUAAUGGGGAGGUUGACUCGCCGAAUUAA